UGUUUUUAUGGUUGGAUUGCAUAUCUGGCCCAAGACCACAAGAAAUUUUACGAACUCGAUUGGCCCGUCCCUUGUUUCCUCUCCACCAUAUUCUACUAGCAUUGUUACCAUAUUUCGGUUUAUGGCGGCCCCGAAGAGUGAUUAAGAAGCUCGAAUCGAAACCUGCUAAAGGCUGCCAUCUACCAUCCACCGUUAAGAUACUUAGCGGGUGGAAAGCCACAGUGCAGAAGCCGGCCGCCCCCAAUCCAAAGAGAAGGGUUCCUCAAAGCGGCUUACUCCUUAGCUUCUCAUGUUGGAGAGCCCCGUUGAAGCUACUCGAGCAUAUAACAUAUCCUCGGUCCGUCUAGAUUCACGAUAAGUAUUAUGUCUUGUCAUUCCGCGUCCUCACACGAGGGCUCUGAGAUGGAUGCGCCACAAGCUACCUACAUGGGUAAACGUCUAACACGGACAAGUUCCGCCCUAGAGGGGGCAAACGAAACCAAUCAUGGCCUACUUGAUCAUCCCAACGAAAGAAGGAGGAAUAGGCUCGGCUACCAUCGAUCAACAGUCGCAUGUGACCCCUGCCGGAAAAGGAAGAUCAGGUGUAAAAAGCCCGAGGUACAAGAUCUCCUGAACCGAUGCGAGAGUUGCAUCAGUCUCAAAAAGGACUGUGUAUAUACCGCGGUAAAUCCACAAGCACAACCGCAUACGAUGACACAUCGACCGAGAAGAGUAUCGAUUGGGUCUAACCCUGCGUCACCCACCACCUCUCCCGCAACGGCAAUGGGUCAUAUUGUGGAAAGGCAAUCGAACCCGGCAUACCACCAGCUUACAGCAAUGCCAUCGAUGCCAAGUAUAGGGCGACAACCAGUAGAAACUGGUGAAGAUGGGGCUUAUUCUGUUAGGAUUCCAUCGACUACACCUAGCAGCCGCUCCUUUAGCUAUGGGCAAGUGGCAAGUGGUUGGAUGUCGACUGAUGCGGAUGCCGGCGCCGAGACGACGUCGGGGGCCACGAACACCCCUUGGAUGACCUUUCCACACGGUGUACCCGAGACUACGGGAUUCUCCCAAUAUACCUCCCACACAACGGCUCCACCACUAUCGGCAUGGCCGGCGAGUUCACUCGGGAUAAAUAGAAUGGAUACUGAGACGCAUCUCGAUGACACAUGGCGUCCGUACCCAUCGGGCCCGAGAUCGAUGUCAUUCAACAGCCACCAAUCCGAGCAGUUUGAUCCUUCGUCGACAAGACCAUACGAUCGGGUGCAAUCACCGAGCGCGACCAACAUCAUGCCAGAAGCGAGCUUAGCCGCUCAAGGGUCUCUUUCUGCCGGUGCCACGCCGCAUCUAGCAUACGAUGUAUGGCAACAGCAAUACCAUUACUCUAGACAUAAUGAAGACUAUGGUGGAUGGUAUGAAAUCCGAGACCAUCCCGCCGAGGCACAUGUCUCGUCUGGCGAGGAUCCCUCUCAGAUCGGAGGCGUCUACUAUGGCCAACGAUGACUGGAACUCGACCGCGGCAUGGUGCGGAGUGUCAGGCCACUUGCAAUCUUCUGGCCGCGUGGUUUCCACCGCAGCAUUGCAUACUGCCAU